AAGAGAAAAAACAGAGGCGAUGGCAGUUCCCGCUCUAUUCCGCACUCAUCAGAGCGCCACGGGCCUCGUGUCUGGCUGCUUCGCUCGCUAUCUCUCUGUGUUCAAGAAUGGUAAACUCCUCAAAGGACGAUACAGCCACCGACGGCGACAUGUCCAGCGGCGAUUCUCCGCCGUCCAAUUCCAGCCUCUACUCCGAAGGCGAGAAGGUCCUUGCCUAUCACGGUCCUCGCAUCUACGAAGCCAAGGUUAUGAUUUUACUUUUCAGGUUCAAAGAGUCGAGCUUAGGAAGAAGGAAUGGAGAUACUUUCUGCACUAUCUAGGCUGGAAUAAAAAUUGGGACGAAUGGGUAAGCGUAGAUCGUCUGAUGAAAUGUACUGAUGAGAACCGUUCGAAGCAGCAGGCCCUAGAGAAAGGGUAUGCAGAAAAGAGCUCAAAGUCUGGACGAUCUGCACAAGCAAAGCCAAAAAACUCGACCGAUGCAAGAGUGGAGAAAGAGGACCACAAGAACAAUGUGUCAAAGGGGAAGAAACGAAAGAAUGACUCGGGCAUCAAGGACAAUCAAUCCGUAGAAAAAGUUAUCAAGAUUCAAAUACCUUCAACACUAAGAAAGCAACUUGUUGAUGAUUGGGAAUUUGUUACGCAGCAGGAUAAGCUAGUCAAACUUCCACGCACACCAACUGUCGAUGAUAUUUUGACAAAGUACUUGGAGUUCAGAUCCAAAAGAGAUGGCACCAUUACCGACUCACUGGGAGAAGUCUUGAAAGGAAUCCGAUGUUAUUUUGAUAAAGCAUUGCCUGUACUGCUCUUGUACAAUAAAGAACGUGAACAAUAUCAUGAGUUAGUCGUAGAUAAUGUCUCUCCGUCAACCAUAUAUGGUGCAGAACAUCUGCUACGACUCUUUGUUAAGUUGCCAGAGCUUUUGGCAUAUGUUAAUAUUGAAGAUGAAACACAGACCCGGCUGCACCAGAAGUUGCUUGAUUUUCUGAAAUUUCUGCAAAAGAAUCAGAGUACUUUCUUUGUCUCGGCAUAUGACGGCUGUAAAGGUACCGAGGGAAAGGGUAAGGGCAAAAAUGACUGAUCUGGCAUGGAGGUAGAAGAAUUCAUGAUACAUGUUGCCAUGCAUUACUAAACCAAUCCUCUUCUUGUAACUGUACAAGCCAUUUUUCUUUCUUUCCUUUUUUAACCUCUCUUAUUAAAGAAUAAUCUGUUCAUUUGUAAUUGAUAUUCAUUUGGUGCAUGCACUGUCCAUUUGAGAGUUGAGUAGCACUAGUGCUGUCCAUUCUUUAGUUUUUAGGAGUAAUUAGUCCAACUGCAAGGUUAUGCAAAGUUGUCGAAAUAUGAACAUUCAAACUGUAUUGAUAUUUAUUCAGAAACUGUGUCAAUGAUUUCUAUUACUUUUACUUGGAA